UCUAGAAAUGCCCAUUUCUUUUAUAGUUCCUCAAAAACCCAAGGAGAGAAAUAUAUAAAUAUAUGUUUUGGGAAAUAAAAGAAAUGUGAGAGCAGAGAAGAGAGAAGUGAAGAAAAAGCAGAGAAUAAAAAGAGACCGGAUGUUGACAAAUUUCAUGUCACUGUUCUUAGAAGGUCGUUUGUUUGUGUGAAGAUUUCUUAUCUGGGAUCUCUCUCUUUCUUUCUCUCUCUAACAGCACCUCAAAGCAAUUAACUUUUUUCUUUCUUCUUCUCAAUAUUCUCUCUCUAGAAACAAAAAUAAAAAUUAGAACUUCAACAAUAUUCUUUUUUUUAAGAGAGAGAAAGAGUGGCCCAGUAGAUCGAAAUCUCCUGUUUUUUUCUUCAAUCUGAUGACGAUCUAAGCUCCUUUAAUGGUGUUACAAAACACCCACUUUGUUGUUUUUGCUGUAUUUGUUUCUUUUGUUGCCGUAAAGCUUUAAUCUUUGUUGAUACUCUGGGUUGUUUGGGAGCUGUGAAUUAUCUAUGAUGGGGAAGUAAAGCAGCUGAAUCCAUGUGAGAAUCUUGAAGGAGGGGUUAUUAGAGGAUGUGGGUCUGAGGUGUUUGCAGAUGGAGAAAACAAUGCUAGCGAUGAAAUGGGAAAUAAUUCAAGAAUUUCACAUGUCAAGGAAAGUAAAAGAAGACGAUCAACCUGCAAAGAAUGAGAGAAAUGAUGGGCAUGUGAAAAUGAAGUGAAAGUGAUGCAUGUGUGGCCAUUAUCAGGUUUUCCAAAAUUUGAAGACCGAAAUGGGAACAAAAGUGCAGUCUAAAAGCUAUUUUCCAGGAUAUUACUCAAUGAGGGAUCUCAAUGAGGAUUCUAACAGUUGUAGCUGGCCACAUUAUUAUGGGGAUAAAACCUUGACAAAUGGUCAGUAUUACAAUGGCUUUUUCCCAAGGGCCGUUGUAGAUGCAUAUCCUGGGUAUGAUAAAGACUUAUUGAAGAGAACAAUGCUUGAGCAUGAGGCUAUAUUUAAGAAUCAGGUGUAUGAGCUUCAUCGCUUGUACAGAAUACAAAGGGACUUGAUGGAUGAAAUAAAAAAGAAAGAAUUACAAAAAAAUCGUGUUCAUAUUGAGCCGUCGUUAUCAUCAAGCCCAUUAGCCUCACAAAUUACAACUGAAGAUGCUCACAAAUGGCAUAUCCCCAGCUUCCCUGUAGCAAACUCUCUUUGUGGUAGACCAUCAAUUUCUGGUGUUGAAGAUAGUCAUUCUCCCCUUAGCUCCAAGAAAGGAAGCAGCAUCCAAGCUGGUCCUUUUCUGUCCCAAAAUGGAGGUAAUUCAAAGGACAUUGAGGUGCUAGAGUGCAGACCUACCAAAGUAAGAAGGAAAAUGUUAGAUCUUCAACUUCCAGCAGAUGAGUACGUUGAUACUGAAGAAGCAGAACAGUUCAGGGAUGACACAGCAUCUGGCAUGUCAAGUUAUCUUCCAAAUGGAAAUGGGAAAAUUGGGCCUGAGAGCGGUGGGAAGCUACUUCAUGGUGAUGGUGGGAAGAAUGAUUGCCAAGGAGAUGCUUCAAGAUCUGAUUCAUUUUUGAGGGGCAAAAAUAGUUUGGCUGACUUGAAUGAGCCUGUUCAGAUUGAAGAAACCGAUGGUUCUGCAUAUUCACACUUUCUAGGCCAUGACCCCUAUCAUGGAGGCUGUGAGCUGUCUCCUAAACCAAAGCAAGAGCUUCUUGGUUUGCCAAAAGACAUUUCUGUGAAUUCUCAUCACCAAAGUGACAAUAGGUUUGGAAAUAAAAUACAUGUUGAGAACAAUGGACAUGCUAGAGGAUUCUUUUCACGUGUGCUUGAAUCAGGGCACAAUAUAAGCAACUCAAAGUCUAUUUCUCAAGGUUUUCAGCUACAGAAGUUGCCUGUAUCUUCCCCGCAGGUACAGGUUCCUUUUGAAAAGUUCAUGAUCCUCCAACGUUUUUGCUAUCUGAUCAAAGCAAGGCAGAUCUCUCAAGAGAAAGAAUGGUUCGGUUUAGUUUCUGAAAGAAAUCUUGAAAUCUCCAAUAGCUGCCAUCCAGAGUCAAUCAUGACUUCUAAUGUAUCUAGUUUGAAUCCAUUUGCUUCUUCUGAUCUGGUAAAGCCAUGGUCUCAUUCAGUUUCGACUUGUGAAAAGCCUUCCAACAGCUUAAGCCAGAAGUCGGUGUCAGUUCAGACUCACCCAUUUUUUAAUUCAUCUGGUCCUUUAAGUAAGAGUUCUGUGAUAUCACUCCAGAGCAAUGGGAUUUUUGGAGAGAAGUGGCAGGUGAGUAGCAAUUCUAGACUUAACCCAGGUUUUGGAAGUGAACUGUCCAAUCAAAAUGGUUUGUCCUCAUCGGGGUCCAAGGAACCUUCAAUCCACUUCCCUUCAAUCAAUUAUUAUUAUCUGAACUGUAAUAAUGAUAGUAAGGGGGUCUCUGAGCACUUCACCACAAAUGGUUCAACUAAGCCCUACAGCUGCUCAAAUAGUGUUGAUAUGAAGUCCACAAGUGAUGUCAAUUUGAAUGCGGUGCUUUCGAACAGUUCAUCUAAUGAGCCAGUUUUGCAUCGAGGUCCUCAAAUAGAUGGAGGAAGAAAGUACGAGGACCGUCUUCCAUGGCUGCCAUGGCUACAACCCAAGCCUGCUUGUAAGAAUGAGGCCACAAGUGCAGGAAGGGACUUAAAUGUUGGAGAGUUGAGAUUCUCUCAAUCUUCUCCAAAGCAGUCAACCAAUAAAAAUGAGACUGGAAAUGGUUUCAGUCAAAUUUUUACACAGAAUGUGAAGUCAGUUUCUUUCUCCAAUAAUGUUGAUGCCAGCAGAAGUGAAAUAAGUGAAUGCCUGCACAACAAAAAGAUUCUAGGGAUUCCCAUUUUUGAAAAGCAGUAUGUUUCUAAGAAUGAGUCUUCUUUUACCUCCCUGUAUGUGUCUGCUCCUCAACCAUCGGAAGGUGAAGCAGAAAAUAAGGGGAGAAAUAGGUUACUUGAUAUUAACUUACCUUGUGAUAUGACUGUUCUUGAUGUGAGCGAAGACAUUGUUACUGAGAAUUCAGCCGUAAAGAAGGAAGCAGAUACAAAAUUAUCAAGUUUCAGACAUCAAAUUGACUUGAACUCCUGUGCUGAUGAGGAUGAAGCUUCUUUUAUACACUCUGUUCCAAGAGCCAGUAUGAAGAUGAAUGGAGGGAUAGAUUUGGAAGCUCCAGCAGUUCCUGAGCCUGAGGAUGUCAUUCCUGGAGAAGAAUUGCUGGAAGUGGCACAUGAAUUACCUUUGCAAUCAGCAAAAAGCAAAGAUGACUGCCUGCAGGAUGAACUUAUCCAGAGUGCAGCGGAGGCAAUAGUUGCCAUCUCAUCAUCUGGUCAGUUCAAUCAUUUGGAUGAUGUCAAUCACAAUUCAUGUGAAACUGCUAUGACAGACCCCCUUAAUUGGUUUGUUGAGACAAUUUCCUCUUUUGGGGAGGAUCUGGAGAGCAAGUUCGAGGUUCUUUUGAGAGGUAAAGAAAGGGAUCAAGAUGAAUCUUCCUCAGAAGAGAUUGAUUACUUUGAAUCAAUGAUUUUGAAAUUAGCAGAAGCCAAGGAAGAGGAUUAUAUGCCCAAGCCUCUAGUUCCUGAAAACUUUAAAGUGGAAGAAACAGGUAGUACCUCUUUGUUAACAACUCGAACACGAAAGGGCCAGGGAAGGCGAGGAAGGCAGCGGAGGGACUUCCAAAGGGACAUCCUUCCAGGCCUUACUUCCUUAUCAAGGCAUGAGGUAACGGAAGAUCUUCAGACAUUUGGAGGGCUUAUGAGAGCAAUGGGUCAUUCAUGGAAUUCAGGAGUGACAAGAAGAAACUCUACCCGAAGCGGGUGUGGCAGGGGGAGGCGACGGUCAGUGACUAGCUCCUCUCCUGCUUUGGCAGCUGCAACAACUUGCCUGCCAUUGAUGCAGCAGCUUAACAAUAUUGAAGUGGGGCUGGAGGAUAGAAGCCUUACUGGAUGGGGGAAGACUACCAGACGGCCUCGCAGACAAAGAUGUCCCGCAGGUAAUCCUCCAUCUAUUGCGUUAACCUAAUUAUGAAAACAGGCUUUAAUGUAUUAAUUGAGGAUAUACUAUAGAGGGAGCUAGGUCAUUGUUGCUUCAUCAGCUUUGAGAAGUGAGGUUAUCAUGAUCUAUGGGGCUUGCCUUUGUACAUUUCUUAUCCUGAUUGGCUACACUUGAUUGUCUGUCUUUGGGUGGUUAUGAACAACUUAUAUUAUCCAUAAAUAAUGUUGCAUGAUUUCUUCCAAGAUAUAUGACAGCAUUCCUUCGGUUUGUGAAUUUAGUGAAACCAUAAGAGCUCUCGUGUUUUAGGACUGAUUCAAUCAAUGCGUUUACUUGCAGUUGCUUUGAUAUUUUGCCAAGUGUCUGGAACUGUAAUACUAUUACAAUGCACACAAAACAGAUUGGAAAACAGAAACAUAAGUCACAGGCUUCUUUUUACCAUGGUAAUGUAACUCAUGCAAAGGCAAAUGCAGCAUUAUCCCACCACUUUUAACCAUAUAAGGCUGAUGCGACCAUUGUGGAAGAUCGUAUUAUCUUAUAAAAUCAAUAGUUGUGACCCAGAUGUAAUGCCUUAAAAAUUCGUUGAAGAAAAACAAUAACAAUUGAGAAAAUAUAGAGAGAACUAAAUUUUCAAGAAAACUUGUUAACUUUUUUAUGACCAUAUAACUAUAUAUGCUGCAUUUUGCAAUGAGAGUGGUAGAAGUGUUAGAUUUCUGGAACAUUUUGAGAAUGAGAUGUUCAUAGGGAACGAAAAAGGUCGAAAAAAAUUCCAGCAACUUUGGGAUUUGA